AUGAGUGAUAUUGAGCGGAGGGGCACAGAAGACGUCGCUAAAAUGUGGUGGUGCCGUCAGCUCGCAGAGAGAACUGUUCGCAAUGUAGAAGAAGAAGCCAGGCCUCUAAUGAUAUGCAGAAUGUGUGGGCGGGCGGCGUUCGAUGAACGGCGAGGACGACGCAGCAGCAUCCAUCGACGGCUUCUUCCUGCUCGGACAUCGGCCUCCCGGGAGCUCGUCCCCGAUGCAUCUGCAUCAAGCAGAAAACGCCCGAGCGAUCGGCGAGAGAUUGCUCUCCCAGCUGCUGCUUCUUCCUCGAAACCCUCACUCAGUGAUGAUGAUGAUGAUGACGACAGCUACAGUGAUAGUGGGCAGGUGACAGUACCUGUAGUUGUGAUUAUUGCUGAUCGUAAUAGGGAUAUUGAUGGUGGCACGUCAAGUACACGGCGGAGUGUCGAAUCUAUCCUGGGGCUCGAAGAUCGAUGA